ACAAAUCGAUUCUCUAAUCCUUACAAUCAACAAGUGAACAUCAAUCCAACCAAAAAAAAAAAUAAAUAUCAUAAUCACUUUACCAGCGAUACAAAUUACGUUUAUUUAAACAUCUAACUAACAAUUAACUAAUCGUUACUACAAAAUGACAAUUAAGUAUUUAAUUUCUUCAUCAUCAUCUUAAUUAUCACAUUAAUUGUUUUCUUUAUGUAAUCGACUCAUUAAAGUUUCAACUAUCAAUUUAUUUAUAAAUAAAAUAAUUUUUUCGUUCGGUGUUAUUGUUAUUAGUUUGUUAAUUUUUCUUUAAUUAUUGUGAUCAAAUUAAUCGCCGAGAAUACAAUUGACACCAUGAUGACUUCCUGUUCCUCUUUGAUUAAAGUAAGAUGGAUUUUCGGCCUGAUGGCCUUUUGGGGACUAUUUUUCAACUACGCGACCAAAGUAAUACUUUCGGCUACUCUUGAGGCGAUGGUUAAAUCAGAUCUAUCUCAGGACGAAAUUGAUCAACCGGAAAAAUCGUCACAAUUAAGUUUAAAUCGAAAUGAUAGUGAGACAAUUUAUCGAUUAACAAGUUAUCAUUAUCCUAAUAAAACGGAUACAAUGAGCUUUUCCCUGGCCAAUGAAUUCUAUUCCUAUCAUGUGUACGAUUGGUCAUUCGAGACUCAGAAUCUAUUGAAAGAAGCUUUUUUCUAUGGCUACAUAAUGACCGGUGUUAUUGGUGGUCGAUUAGCCGAAAGGUUCAGUGUUAAACAUACCGUUGGAACGACGAUAUUUAUCUCAUCCCUUUUAUCGUUAACAAUACCGAUCAUCGCCGUUUAUGGUCCCGGUGCUGUUUUCCUUGCUCGAUUACUUCAAGGUCUGGCCAACGGUAUGAUCGAUCCAGGUCUUAAUACAAUCUUCUCACGAUAUAUCCCGAUCAAUGAGCGUUCCCUGUGGGGUUCAAUUGUUUACUCUGGUUCUUCCUUGGGAACUAUGAUCAUGUUAAUCUCAACUGGAUCAUUGUCUCAACUUCAUCAAUAUGGAGGCUGGAAAUUGGCCUUUUAUUUUCACGGGAUCAUGGGAUUCAUUUGGUACACAAUUUGGCAGUUAACUGUUGCCGAAAGGCCUGAAAACCAUUGGUUCAUAACGGAAUCUGAAUUACUCGAGAUUCAAUCAGGAACACAAUUGGAUAAUUCAAAGAAGUCACAUCCAAUUCCAUGGAAACAAAUAUUGACAAAUUCACCAUUCAUUGCAAUGGUCUUUGCCUCGUUCGUAUACAAUUGGGCUUAUCUUACCAUGUUAACUCAACUUCCCAGUUACUUUCACCGAGUCCUUGGACUAAAUGUUGCUAAGUCUGACAUAAUCUCGAGUUUACCUUAUAUCGCCCAGAGCAUAAUGGGCUACAUCGGUGGAAUGGUUCUAGAUCACCUUCGGCAAAAAGGUCGAUUUUCAAUAACAUUUUUAAGGAAAACAUUCAAUUCGAUAGGUUUUAUUGGACCAGCGAUUUGUCUAGUGGUUAAUUGUUUCUCGGGUCGUAACUCAAAUUUAGCGAUCACCUUGAUCACAAUGAACUUGGGACUUUGUGGAUUUGCUAUCUCUGGGUUUAAGAUAACCAAUGUUGACCUGAGUCCGACCUUUGCUGGUACACUUUUGGGUAUCGCCAACACAAUCGGAAAUGUACCCGGUAUUUUAGCGCCAAUGUUGGUGUCCACUUUGGUCACUAACGGCGAUUCAAUAUCUGAAUGGAAUCACGUUUUUCUAGUUGCCGCUGGUCUAUUUGUCAUUGGAACUCUUGUCUUCAUCCUAUUUGGAUCGGCUGAACUUCAACCUUGGGACCCAGGUCACUUUGAUUAUCGUCCAAAUAGCGUUAAAGUUGGUACCAGUACAAAAGAUGUCAAUUGUAAUGAAUCAAUCCCGACAAUUGAAUCUAAAUUUGCUGAUGGUUACAAUUUGAAAAUAGUUCAACUUAAUAACAACAAUAUGAUCGGAUUCAAAGGAGAUGGACUUUGAUAAUUAACUAAUCAUAUUUGAUUAUAAAUCUAAAUUGUUGGAGGUAUCUCAAGGUAUUCACAGUCAAUUGAAUACCAAUGUAAAUUAAUUGUAACCAUCGUUUUAAUUGUAAUCAGUGUUUUCAAGGUAUUAUUUUUAAUCGUUUAAUUAACUAAGACAUUAAUCAAAUCAAAUCCACUUGAGUGAUGAUUAACAUUGUGCAUUUAUAACAUUAUAAUAAUUAUCAUCAUAAUCAUCAUAAACUAAACUUUAACAAUUAACUAAUUGUAUUAUCAACAACAACAACAACAACAACAAAUUGAUCAAACUAAUUGUAAAAAGUGUAAAAUUUUAAAAUUGAACCAAAAAAAUCAAAGAUCAAAAUUAAAAUUGUAAAUAAUAUUAACUAAUUAAUUGAACAAAAAAACGAGACAAUCAAGUGAAAUUAAUAAAUUGUUGUCCUUUUAUAAUGUUUA